GACGGAGCGCGGGUCCCGCAUGAGCCCCGGCGGUGGCGGCAGCGACCGGGAACGAGGCGGUGGCGGGCGGAGGCGGCGGGCGCGGGCGACGACGACGACCAGUGAGGCGGCCGCGGCGCGGCUGCGGGGGCGACGACAGAGUUAUUAAACCUACGCUCAGAUCAAGUUAGCAGCUAGACUGGUGUGACAACCUGUUUUUAAUCAGUGACUCAAAGCUGUGAUCACCCUGAUGUCACCGAAUGGCCACAGCUUGUAAAAGAUCACCAGGAGAACCUCAGUCUGACGACAUCGAAGCUAGCCGAAUGAAGCGAGCAGCUGCAAAGCAUCUAAUAGAACGCUACUACCACCAGUUAACUGAGGGGUGUGGAAAUGAGGCCUGCACAAAUGAGUUUUGUGCUUCCUGUCCAAGUUUUCUUCGUAUGGAUAACAAUGCAGCAGCUAUUAAAGCCCUUGAGCUUUAUAAGAUUAAUGCAAAACUCUGUGACCCUCAUCCCUCCAAGAAAGGAGCAAGCUCAGCUUACCUUGAAAACUCAAAAGGUGCCUCUAACAACUGUUCUGAGAUAAAAAUGAACAAGAAGGACGGUCAAGGAGCUAGAGAUGAUUUUAAAGAUGUGACUUACCUAACGGAAGAGAAAGUAUAUGAAAUUCUUGAAUUAUGUAGAGAGAGAGAGGAUUAUUCCCCUUUAAUCCGUGUUAUUGGAAGAGUUUUUUCAAGUGCUGAAGCAUUGGUACAGAGCUUUCGGAAAGUCAAACAACACACCAAGGAAGAAUUGAAAUCUCUUCAAGGCAAGGAUGAAGACAAAGAUGAAGAUGAAAAGGAAAAGGCUGCAUGUUCUGCUGCUGCUAUGGAAGAAGAUUCAGAAGCAUCUUCCUCAAGAAUAAGUGAGAACCCACAAGGAGAAAACAAUUUACACAAACUAGGCCCUGAUGAUGUGUCUGUGGAUAUCGAGGCCAUUCGAAGGGUCUAUAUUAGAUUGCUGUCAAAUGAAAAAAUAGAAACUGCCUUUCUCAAUGCACUUGUAUAUCUGUCACCUAAUGUGGAAUGUGACUUGACGUAUCACAAUGUGUACUCCAGAGAUCCUAAUUAUCUGAAUUUGUUCAUUAUUGUAAUGGAGAAUAGAAAUCUCCAUAGUCCUGAAUAUCUGGAAAUGGCUUUGCCAUUGUUUUGCAAAGCAAUGAGUAAGCUACCCCUGGCUGCCCAAGGAAAAUUGGUUAGAUUGUGGUCUAAGUACAACGCAGACCAGAUUCGGAGAAUGAUGGAGACAUUUCAGCAACUUAUUACUUACAAAGUUAUAAGCAAUGAGUUUAACAGUCGGAAUCUCGUGAACGAUGAUGAUGCUAUUGUUGCUGCUUCAAAGUGCUUGAAAAUGGUUUACUAUGCAAAUGUAGUAGGAGGGGAAGUGGACACAGGCCACAAUGAGGAAGAUGAUGAGGAGCCCAUCCCAGAGUCCAGUGAGCUGACACUUCAGGAGCUAUUGGGAGAGGAAAGGAGAAAUAAGAAAGGGCCACGAGUAGACCCACUGGAAACUGAACUGGGUGUCAAAACUCUGGAUUGUCGGAAACCACUUAUCCCCUUUGAAGAGUUUAUUAAUGAACCACUGAAUGAUGUUCUAGAAAUGGACAAAGAUUAUACUUUUUUCAAAGUAGAAACAGAGAACAAAUUCUCUUUCAUGACAUGUCCCUUUAUACUGAAUGCUGUCACAAAGAAUUUGGGAUUAUAUUAUGACAAUAGAAUUCGCAUGUACAGUGAACGAAGAAUCACUGUUCUCUACAGUUUGGUUCAAGGACAGCAAUUGAAUCCAUAUUUGAGACUCAAAGUCAGACGUGACCAUAUUAUAGAUGAUGCUCUUGUUCGGCUAGAGAUGAUUGCCAUGGAGAACCCCGCAGACCUGAAGAAGCAGUUGUAUGUGGAAUUUGAGGGAGAACAAGGAGUUGAUGAGGGAGGAGUUUCCAAAGAAUUUUUUCAGCUAGUUGUGGAAGAAAUCUUCAAUCCUGAUAUUGGUAUGUUCACAUAUGAUGAAGCCACAAAACUGUUUUGGUUUAAUCCAUCUUCUUUUGAAACUGAGGGGCAGUUCACUCUGAUCGGCAUAGUGUUGGGCCUGGCUAUUUACAAUAAUUGUAUUUUGGAUGUACAUUUUCCCAUGGUUGUCUACAGGAAGUUAAUGGGGAAAAAAGGAACUUUCCGUGACUUGGGAGACUCGCACCCUGUUCUGUAUCAGAGUCUAAAGGAUCUACUGGAGUAUGAAGGGAGCGUGGAGGAGGAUAUGAUGAUCACUUUCCAGAUCUCACAGACAGAUCUAUUUGGUAAUCCAAUGAUGUAUGAUCUUAAGGAGAAUGGCGACAAGAUUCCGAUCACAAAUGAAAACAGGAAGGAAUUUGUCAAUCUCUAUUCUGACUAUAUUCUCAACAAGUCAGUGGAAAAACAGUUCAAGGCUUUUCGGAGAGGUUUCCAUAUGGUGACCAAUGAAUCGCCUUUAAAGUACUUGUUUAGACCAGAAGAAAUAGAAUUGCUCAUCUGCGGAAGCCGGAAUUUAGAUUUCCAAGCACUAGAAGAAACUACAGAAUAUGAUGGCGGCUAUACCAGGGACUCUGUUCUGAUUAGGGAGUUCUGGGAAAUCGUUCAUUCAUUUACAGAUGAGCAGAAAAGACUCUUCUUGCAGUUUACAACAGGCACAGACAGAGCUCCUGUGGGCGGACUGGGGAAAUUAAAGAUGAUCAUAGCCAAAAAUGGCCCAGACACAGAAAGGUUACCUACAUCUCAUACUUGCUUUAAUGUCCUUUUACUUCCGGAAUAUUCAAGCAAAGAAAAACUUAAAGAGAGAUUGUUGAAGGCCAUCACUUAUGCCAAAGGAUUUGGCAUGCUGUAAAAUAGAAAAAAAGAAAACCAACAAAAAAGAAGAGAAAUUAAAAUUUUUAAUAAAUGUAACACGAGGGAUAAAUUGAUGGUGAUAGUCUCCCGUUCCAGAAGGCUGUAAGAUAGUGGGCUGGAGCGGACAUUGUGUCCGGGCCGCCCUUCCUGAUUGGGGAUCUGUGGGCUGGAACAGCAUAUUUCAGCUACUUGUAUGAACAAAUUUUUUUUUUUUUUUUUUGCGUGAAAGUGUUGUUCUUUCACUCGUUGUAUGUACAGAGAGUUUUUGCUGAAUAUUUAUUUUAAGGGUUAAAUCACUUUUGCUUGUGUUUAUUACUGCUUGAGGUUGAGCCUUUUUGAUUAUUUAAAAAAUAUUUACCAACAAAACUACUCUCCCAAGAAAAAACAUUGCCACCAAUUGUAGACCACAUAACCUUCAAGUAUGUGCUAGGUUUUUUGUUUUGUUUAUUUUAUUGGUUUUGGUGUUUUUAGGGUUGGGGGGGUAUUUGUUGGGGUGGGUUCCCCCCCCCUCGUAUCAUUUAAUCUAAUUCUAAUCAGGAACUUUUUUUUUUUUUUAAACAAUUUGCUUUUGAAACUUGAAGUCUUGAGAAACAGUGUGAUGCUUUUGCUGCUGUUCUAGUCCCCAAAGAGUUUUCUGUGCAAAAUCUUGAGAAUCAAUAAAGAUGGAAGGGAGAACUUAGAAUGUUUCACUGCAGCCCUCAGAACCUGACUUUAGUAACAGCACAACAAAUUAAAAAAAAAAAAAAACAGCUCAUGCCACGGUAUGUCGUCCUCAUGUGUCCUGCAAUGAACUGUCUGAGUAGCCAACCCUCUUUCUUAGCAUUUGAAAGGACAGGGAAUAUAUUUUUGUUCGUUUGUUUUUGUUGUUACUGUUGCUGUUGUUGUUGUUAUUGUUGUUGUUGUUUUAAGUUUACUGGGGAAAAGUGCAUUUGGCCAAAUGAAAUGGUAGUCAAGCCUGUCGCAAGAAAGUCAGGAAGUUUGUUGUUUCUUACGAACAUGAAGCAUGUGAAAGUGCACUUAAAAUAAAUUUGAACCCAUGACUUAUUACCUGCAUUUUAAAUAGACAAUCCAAAGUUUUCCCUUUUUGUCGCCAUCACCUGUCUGAUUCGCCAUUUUAUCAAGGCACAUGAUCAGUGUUUGAACAUAAUGGAAAGGAUGUGAGUACUGUGCCUUGUCGUGCUGAAUCGUACAGUAGUGACAAGAGACCUGGAAAUGAACGGAACUGUUCCUCUGAAAACCUAUUCACAUCGUAUAUUCCCAAAGAUUACAUUUUACUUUAAAAAAAAAAAGUGUUAAAUAUUCCUUUGGUGUACUGUGGCAAAGUACCAAUAGGUCUAAAUGACUCCCUGGACAUUCAGAAGUGAGUAGUUCCCCCAUGGUAGCCUUCUGUGUCUGUGAUGUUCCUUUCUUUUAUUGCAAUAUGAAAUAAAAGGAUUAUGUAUUUUUAACUAAGGAGAGACAUAUUGAUAUAUCCUUUCACUACAAGCGAUAGCUGAUAUGCUGAGCUUGUGCCUUGAUGAUUGUUUUAACUGACAGAUCAGCCUGACGGUCUGUUUGAAAUUGGCAAGAAAAACGCAGCUUUUAAAUCAUUGGAGGGAAAAAGGAUGUCUUUCAGGAUCAUUUUAAUUCUUUUAGUAAUUGAUAUAGAAGUGUUCUGUACCAUAAUGCUAAUAAAACAGUGGCAUUUUCACCAUCAUUUAGAGGGAAAAGAUGACAAUGCUUUCCAUAUUGUGAUGAGGUAACAUGGUGUUUUUUUCUGGGCAAGCCUUUAGAAUUCUGUAAGGUCUGUGUACAUCACCUGAUUCAAGGGGGCCUCAUGCUACUCUCAUCACUGUGAAGGCCUCAUUUGUGUGCUUAUGUAUAAUGAAAGUGAGAAGAGGAGAAAUCGAAUAUUCUGGGGGCAUUUUAUAUAAUAAAUUCGUGAAGAAAUUUAUGCUCUUCAGUUCUCAAGUUUUAUUAUCACUGCAGUAUUGAAUUUCUACAAUUCUCAUAAUAUCUGUAUGAAAGUUUUUGAAUGGUAAUGGAAUAUAGUUUAUGAAAUGUAGAAUUCACAUCAAAUAGAUUUUCAACAGUUGAAAAUAAACCUACCCCUAAAAAAUAAUUUAGAAGAAAAAGCCCUUGACUGUGCCGGACUAGUUGCUCUCAUUUGUUUGAUGAUUAAUUGUACUGGAUUUUUACCACUCCUUUUAUCACCUUUUCACUACUACUUUAAAGAAUGUCACUGAAUAAUAUGUUAAGAAAGAUGAAAACAGUAGAAUUUUUAUACUGUAAUGACUAUUCCUUCCGUUUUAAAUGUCCUUUAUAAAUUACUUUCUUUUUGCCGAGCUACAUUUGUUUUCUGUGAAUCUGCUCACAAUUCCCAGAAACUUAGGAAUGGGGGUAUAAAAAGAACCAUAAGCUGACAUAAUUGGCAUUCUAAAUAAAAUAUACCUUUUUUUAAUCAGUUGUUAUAAAAUGUUCAAAACAUAGAGGCAGCUUGUAGCCAAACUUUAUUGGCACCAGGCAAUAGUUGAAUUUCUUAACAUUAUAUACUGCUGCUAUACCGGGCCUCAGUUAAUUUGUGAUCAAAUCCAGUUACAGGGGCCAAAGUAAUAGCACAGCGGGAAGGGCGCUUGCCUUGCAUACAGCAGACCUGAUUCAUCCCCCCUGAGACCCCAGGAAUGAUCCCUGAGUACUGCUGGGCAUGGCCCCCCACCAAAGUUCAGUCACAAACUGCCCAGCUGUAUUUUGGGCUAUGUACGUACCUAUGUUGAGAGGUAAAUGUCAACCAGAAACUUGAGGAAAUGAGGCCUCAGGUGGAACUUGCUGGUGUUUUUUUCCUGAUUACCUCCGUGGCGUGGAUACUUAACUACAAGCGACACAGAGCUAUAGCCUGGCAGUGUCUGUCUCUGGCCCUGAGAAGCUCUGCUGGGGUUUCAGCACAGCUUUGUUGAGUAUCCUCAAGAAUUUUCUGAAGAUUCUGUUCCCAGGAUCUCUUUCUUUUACCUCAGUUAGCAUCCCUGCCUUUUUUGUUUGUUUGCUUGAAAUCAUCAACUUCAACCAGGGCCAAUUACCAAUAUCCCUAAAUCCUCCAUUUAUCAAGGUGUUUUUUUUUUUUCCUCCUGAAAAUUGCUCCUCCUUUUGCCCCUACCAGCCCUUGCUUCCUCACCUCUCUCCUUGAGCUGACUUUUUAUAUCACGCCAAAACAAAACUGUUUUUACAGAUUUACAAAAUUCCCUUCCUCACCACUAGUGUUCCCAUUUGAAUGAAUUUCCCAAGUCUGGCAUCCAAAUUGUUUUCCAGUUUCCCCCUCAGAACUUGCAGCCCACCUAAUGUUUUCACCUGUGCUCAGUUACUUCCUGUUCCUCAAGUUCUCCUGAAAACCCAGUUUUUCAAAGCACCUUAACCGUUAAAGAUUCCUCAACUCCCCAAGUGCCUCUGACCUCAACCCACACAGACAUGGUGGCACACAUGGUUCCUGUUUGAUGGGCAGGAGUCCUGGGGUCCCUUAGCCCCACUCCGAGGAAUGUGAGCAAACACUACUAAUAUGAAGAUUGUUCACUUUUUAUCCUUCUGACCUUCAAGGCUCAGCUAGUCAGUCACCACUCUGGAUGCCUGGAAACAGCCUGGCAUGGACGAGCUGGUUCUAUGAAGCGUCCUGUUUCGGUGUUUUUGCUUUUGUUUUUCAUUAAAGAUGGCCUGACUCCUUGCUUCUCCCUCCUCUGUCCCUCCCCAAGGUUCUUGUUUUUAAGUAUUUUGAGCCUUUAGUGAUCAGGACUUGUUCCUUGAGGAGGUGUCAGUUCAGCUGUGGAAAGCUAGAUUAGGAAGGGGCAGGACCAAAAGGACAACGCCCUUACUGUUGAGAGCAAGAUUUUUGUAUUCCCCAGCUCUGUCCACCAGAUGUGCUCUGGCAAAAGGAUUCCCCAUAUGGCCAUCAUCUCUGCAGCUACACACGUCCCGCUGUUGGCAGCUGCUCCUUCUGGCAAGCAUUAAGCGAAGCACUUACUGUGCUGAAUGUCUGCUCUGCCAGAAUCUCAAACCAUCGCUACGAGUUGACCCUCCGGUUGGGAUUCUCAAAUUUAGCCAACCUCAAGUGUCCAGGAAACACAGAAACAGGUGGGCUCGUGCUUAGCCCACAGCAGUCACUGGGGGUGGGUGUGGGGAGGGCUUAAUAGCCUUCAGAGUCUUAGGUCUGGAGUUCAGUCCUGGCCCUGCCUAACCCACCACUUGCUGUUAAGAUUUACCGAGGUCGAGACAGAUGCCCCGGAAGGCGGAGUUGGGGCCUACCAAGGUGCACCAAUGCUGAGCUGCUCCUGAGCACUCGACCUUCAUCCACCUCAGAUGGAGGAAGGAGGCUUCCCUUACUUGUCAGUUAAAUUUCAGACAUGAUCUCUCUCAGAAAUUACAAUCAGUGGCUUUUUAGUGUGUUCACAAAAUUGUUCCGUCAUCACUAUUAGAUAAUUCCAGAAUGUGUUCAUCACUGAAGAAAAAAAGUACAAAAAAAAGGACCCAUUUCAUGUGGAGUGAUUCUGUUCUGCCCCUCUGCUGCCCUUCCCUGUCCACCUCAGCCCCUGGUGGCCACUAGCCUACUCUCUGUCUAUAGAUCUGCCUGUCUGGGACAUUUCGUAUCAAUGGAAUCGUACAAUAUUUGGCCUUUUGUGUCUGGCUUUUUUUUCAACUCAGAACAGUGUUUUCAAGGUGCAUCCAUGUUGUAGCAUGUAUGAGUACUUAAAUUUCUUUUUAUAGUUGAAUAAUAUUGUAUUGAUAUAUUUUUUUGUUCAUUUGAUGGAUAUUUGUGUUAUUUCUGCUUUUUGACUUAUAAAUACUACUACUCUGAACAUGUGUGUACCCGUUUUUAUGUGGGUGUGUAAGUCUUCAUUUCUUGGGUCAUAUAUAGAGUGGGGUUGCGGGUCCCAUGCCCAGUCCUCUGAAGGAACCGUCAUACCAUUUGCAGAAGUGGCCAAGGACUCCCACCAGUUCUGGGGGCUCCUGUUUCUCUACAGCUUGGGAACACUGAAUAGUGGAUUCUAGUGGGAAUGAUGUCACACCUCAUGAUCUCGGUUUUAACUUCCCUGAGUGAUGGUAGCAGAACCUAGACUCUGGCAUUUGUCCGUCUUUGCCUGAAUCAGGCUUUCAAAUUCUGCUCCCAUUUCAUUUAAACUGAGUUGUUUUCUAUUUAGAGCUGACAAUUUUAUUCUGAGUACAUAGAUAAUAUUUCUCUCCAUUUUUCUCCCUACUUUCCCAGUGUCUUGAUGGAGCCCCUCAAUACACACAAGUCAGUUGCCUGUUGUCUGUUGUGAGUUGGGUGCUUGUUCUUAAAUGUUGCCUGGUGCCUAGUUUCAGUCAUGAAGACUCAUCUUGCAGUUUUAGCUCGUCUUUAGGCCUUUGCAUCGGGCGCAUUAUAGGAGUCUGAUGCUACUUCUCAGUUUAUUUUGGCCUCCCAUGUGACUCUGCCAGCUGGCACAGUGCAAGGAUGUACUGCUCUGGCUCUGGGGUGCAGCAGAUUCCCGAGGCCACCCAGUGGUACUCCAGGGUACACCCCAUGAUGAUGGUGGAGGCCACGUGGUGCCAGGUGCAAUGCAGGCACCCCCCCAUUGACCCCUGGACUGUGUCCUACACCCUCAGGCUUCAUUCUGGGUUUUAGAUAUUAUUCCUCUGAUCUAUGUCCUUAUGCAGUACCAUUUCGUUACUGUAGCUUUGUUAUUACUUGUAUAGUUAGGAAUUUGGAAUAUUCAUCUUAAAGAUCUCUCUGGCUGUUCAGGGUCUCAGCUGAUCCAUAUGAAUCGAGACAUGUUGGCAAUUUUUGCUAACCAAGCUGCUAGAAAUUUUAAUUUGAAGCUGCAGAUUAAUUUGGGGGAUAUUGUUAUUUUAGUACAGAGAUUUCUAGCACACAAGUAUAAAAUGUCCAUUUGAUUAAGAUCUUCUAUUUUUUUUUUCAUUAAUGGUGUCAGUUUUUAACCCUUGAUUACUUUGAUAAGUUGUUUAUUCCUUUGGUGCUGUUAUAAAUUUCUAAAUUUCCUGUUUGGAUUGUUAUGGAAAUGCAGUUUUGAAAUAUUGGUCUUAUGUCUAGCUUUUCUGAACUUUAGUUUCUUUUUUUUAAAAAUCCGUGGGUUGUUUUUUUUUUUAUAUAUAUAAGGUCACCUUGUGAAUAGUUUUGUUUUCAUUUUACUCUGGAUUUCCUUUUCCCUUUUUCCUCUCUGAUUUAAUAUGGCAAGUAUAAUACUGAGGAAAAAAUCUCGCUCUGAAUUUUAGGAGCCAGUAUUUGUUUUCCUUGCCACGAGCUCUGGGCACCUGAGGUGCUCUGCUCCCGGUGGAGGGAGUUCCAUUCAGUUCUUCAUUGGGUAGUGUGUUUGUUGAAAAGGGUUUUAGAGUUUGCUUCUCCUUCUAUUAUGUUGUUCCCAUUCUUAUUCCCUAGUUUGUGAAGAGGGUAUAUCACACUGACGGGUCUGAAUGUACCACUGAGCCUUGCUUUGAUUCCUAGAAUCCUCAUCCUGGGCACACAAGCCUUUUCAUAUGCUACUGGCUUUGGUUUGCUGGUACUUUUCAGGGAAUAUUCGCAUUAUGUUCACAGGAAAUACUGCUCAGUUUUUUUGUUUUGUUUUUGACCUAACUGCUCUAUCUUGGUUUUGAUAUCAGGGUAAAAUUGGAAAGAGAGUGAGUUGGGAGUGUCUCUUCAUCUUAACAGAAUGAAGCGUGUUUCAAAUGAGAACAGGGCUUUGGGGGCACCCUGCUGUGGUUCCUAACUUCCCAGUGUGCUUUUCGGACCGUGGCACGGCUGUGAGCAGAGGUGAAUGUUUCCUCCAGCCCACGUGGGGCUGCUGGAGCCCAAGACUUGAAAAUUGCCCCCCGCUUAUGGCUUUCCUCGUGUCCGGCCGCUGUGAGAAAGCCAGAUGCUACCAGCAAGGUCAGAGAGUCUCUGGAUGUCCUUGCAGGGUGCAGGCCAUGAAAGAAACCCCACAGCCCCCCUCUCCUCGAAAGCUCCAUGUCGUGGCUUAUUGCCCCCGCUGAGGAAGGUGAUCCUUGCCCCUAGCCCCUUUCCUAGGAUGGGCCAAAGCCAGCUGGAGAGGGGAAAGAGGAUGCUGACUGCCUGUGCCCCUCUAUCCAGGGUUCUCAAGUCCUGCGUCAACGUUCUCUUCCCUGCUAACACUGGCAGAUUUUUCUAGGAUGGACCAAUACUCAGAGCCCGGGCUUUGUUGGCACCCUGGACUGGACCAGGAAACAUACAUGGUCAGAGAUUGCAUCCCUUGGAAAAAUAUAGAGUGAGGCUGGGCAGGUGGGGCAGGGGGGUGGGGGUGCUCUGCUCACUGAACACACACACACACACCUCUUCGCAUUUAGUAAACCAAACGGUGAAAAGGACUUGGUGUAGAUAUCACCAAGUGGUGAUAUCUACAAUGGAGGGGGGAAAAAAUCUGCCCUGGAGAAAUUCCAAACACUUGCCACUAACCCUAUUCCUGCUGAGCUCUGAUAUUCUUUUCCUCUCUCAUGAAUUCCAACAUUGCCACAUUGGAGGUUUGUGGGCGGGUUUCAGGUUCCCCGACUUUCAGUUGGUGUCAGAUUGAAACACGUCAAAUCCCGCUCUGGGUUGAGCCACAGGUGGUGUGUGUUGGCACCAGCAUGUUAAUUCAGACUGUCUCAUUAAACACAGCAGUCAGAGCUGAUCGAUGGAGGAGUACAAUUCGAGCAGGGAGUUCAAGUCCCCAAUUUUUUUUCUUUCAAUAGGGGGUUGGCUGCUUAACUGCAUCUGAACCCGUGGGUAGGGACGAACUAUGAGGACUUGUGGAGGGUGUUGCCUGAGCAUGGGGCUCUAUGGGGGGGUGGAAAGGACACAGGUACAGGCCGUAGGGCCCAGCUCCUGCGCGUGGGCUGGUCCGAAGGUGUAAAAGGUUGAAGAAGUGCUGGGGGUGGGGGGGGCAUGCAUGCUGCAUCAAGCACUCGGGACUUUAUUUUGCAGAAAUUGAGAAGCCAAGCUCAGAUUUGCACCUGCUGGUGCAGGUGGGAGGUCUUAACGGUCUUAACUAUAAGGAGUGCCAUUAGGAGACUUGCCGUGACCCUGGAAGGUCCUCGGAGGCCUGAGGAUGUUAGUGGCUGGCACUGGGCUGGGGCAGGGAUCAGCCCCGAGUCUCCACAUUCGGAGCACUGCUGGGUCUACACUGGAAAGGAGCAGGCUUGGGAGUUGGAUCGGGUAGUUUGAACAUCUGAGGAGUGGAGUCAUGCAGACGGUGUUUAAGAGCACGGGUUCAGCAGAGACACCAAGAGGGGACAACUCACAGCUGAGCCGUCUAGAGGAAGGGGCCAUAAAGGCAGGGAACAGGACCCUGUGGGGUGAAUGAGUCGCAAUCUCCCCUCAGGAGAGACCACUGAGAAGCACGCAGCUCUCCUGGUCUCAUCUGUACACCAUUAAGUGAUCAAGGAAGCAAACGAGGGAAGGCCAAGGCUUGCCCACGCCUCUGCCAGUGCUCCAGGCUCUGAGCACAGUGUUGACACGCCAGAUGGUGCUACUGCACAUUGCACCCGGCCCCAUCCUUACACCCAGGGGCAUGUCAUCCGUGGAAGACGAAGCAGGUACGUGGAAAGAACCCCGAACUUCUGCCAUGGGAUAUACAGAGUCCCAAACCAUGAGGUACAGCCUCUGCCCCCCCCCCCCCCCCCACUUUUAGGAGA